CAGCACAGGAACACUGAGUCUUGUUAAAAUCCAGAUCUUGUUGUAAACCCAGAGGUGGAUGAUCUGGAUCUUGUGUGUCUGUGUUUGUUCUUCAGGUCGGUUUCUGGGGUUUAGGAAACUCGGGGUUCAGGUGUUCACCCUGUGACUGCGACAUCGGAGGAGCUCACAGUAACACGUACGUACGAAUGUUCGAGUCGGCGUGUGGACACACACGAAGAUCCGAGUCUUAAAGAUGAGAGUCUGUUUAUUUCCUUCACCGUGAGUUCACACCGAGCGGGGAUGAAAUCAUUCACACGAGUAACUAACAUGUAAAGUCUAUGAUGUGAUGGUCUGAGACCACCUGAGACCACCUGAGACCACCUGAACUGCUCUGAGACCACCUGAGACCACCUGAACUGCUCUGAGACCACCUGAGACCACCUGAACUGCUCUGAGACCACCUGAGACCACCUGAACUGCUCUGAGACCACCUGAGACCACCUGAACUGCUCUGAGACCACCUGAGACCACCUAAAGGUCUGAGACCACCUGAACUGCUCUGAGACCACCUGAGACCACUUGAACUUGUCUGAGACCACCUGGGCUGUUCUGAGACUCUAAGACCGGACUAAUGAAGAGCCUAGCUGGAGGACAGAGUCAGGAGGUCCACAGAUCCUCACAGUGGGAUAAUCAACCUCAGAUAUGGUUACUAUGGAAACGGCUCUCUGCAGAAACGUGACAAAUGUGUGAAUUUAACAAGUAAACGGUUUUAUUCACGCUUGGUGUGAACGCAAGGUUUGAGCGCUGACACAGACGCCAUCAGGUGAACAGGUGAACAGGUCAACAGGUCAUCAGGUGAACAGGUAAACAGGUCAACAGGUAAACAGGUGAACAGGUGAACAGGUCAACAGGUCAUCAGGUGAACAGGUAAACAGGUCAACAGGUAAACAGGUGAACAGGUGAACAGGUCAUCAGGUCAUCAGGUAAACAGGUGAACAGGUGAACAGGUCAUCAGGUCAUCAGGUGAACAGGUCAACAGGUGAACAGGUCAUCAGGUCAUCAGGUCAUCAGGUCAUCAGGUCAACAGGUGAACAGGUCAUCAGGUCAUCAGGUCAACAGGUGAACAGGUGAACAGGUGAACAGGUCAUCAGGUAAACAGGUGAACAGGUGAACAGGUCAACAGGUCAUCAGGUCAACAGGUCAUCAGGUCAUCAGGUCAACAGGUGAACAGGUGAACAGGUCAACAGGUGAACAGGUCAGCAGGUGAACAGGUCAACAGGUCAUCAGGUCAACAGGUCAUCAGGUAAACAGGUUAACAGGUCAACAGGUGAACAGGUGAACAGGUGAACAGGUCAUCAGGUGAACAGGUCAACAGGUCAACAGGUCAUCAGGUCAACAGGUCAUCAGGUCAUCAGGUCAUCAGGUCAACAGGUCAACAGGUGAAUGUUUUCUGCUCAGGUGUUCUCCUGAGGACGGACAGUGUCACUGUUUACCAAACAUGGUGGGUCGACGCUGCUCAGACCCCGCUCCUGGUUACUUCCUGCCUCCACUUGACUAUUUCCUGUAUGAGGCAGAGCUCGCCACUCCACUCUUUGGUGGUCCCUCGCCAUCUCCACUUCCUUCCCCACCUUCACCCUCGUCUUCUCUGGUGAGUAGCAGAAUCUAACCUGCAGUAUAUCUGUGUACAAGAACCACUAUGAAGUACUCUGUGUGCUCAUUAGACAUCCCAUAAUAUGUACCGAUGUUUUGGACUGUGGAGCUCCAUGUAGGCGUCCUGUUGUUACCGUCUUAUUUGCAGUACUGUGUGUACUUAUACUCAGUAUCACUUCCAGUUGAACCCGGCUCUGUUGCCGGACUGCGAGCAGUACUACAGAGAACAAGGUUACGAUUUUAGAUUCAGUAACGGACGAGUUGUUCUGGUGCGGCGGACUCGACGACUCGCACGCCGCAGGAGACAGGUGGGUCACAUGACUGGGGUCCUGUAGUGCUGGCUUCACCAUUGGAGGACCUGAGGACCAAUCAGAUCAUUGAUCAGACUCCUUUAUUCCCUGAACCAGAGUUCUAUCCCUCUAGACCCGGGUCAUACCCUACAAAUCAUCCCCCGUCAGAGGUCAGCCGGCCACCCGGUCACCUGGACUGGGCUGGGAUUGGUUCGAGUGCUGGAGGGGGCGGGGCUUCGAUUCACGGUCGACAACCUCCCAUCAUCCAUGGAAUACCAGCUGGUGAUUCGCUACGAGCCGGAGGUAACGUGAACUGUCAGGGUUCUGGUUCAGGUUCUGACUCUAAAUUUUGAUUGGCUCUAUAGACUGUAUACAAGAUGGACGCCGUGGUUCCGCCUUCCGCCUGUUUACGGAUUUGAAGCCAAAAAGUUCUCGGUAAUUCGGGGUUUUUCUUCACUUCCUUGAAACCAGAGCUGUGCAGUAGCGUUGUGCGCAUUCGGUGCAGUCGCCGAGAGUCUCUGUAAUGACGCUCGGCUCAGACAGCGUAUCCCCCGGUGAUCUACUCAAUCUCUGUCCUCCCAUAGGCUGUAUCAGGUGUCAAUCAUAGCAAACAUGAACCCCCUAAUAACUUUUAAAAAUGGAGCUGUACAGAAAAAAGAGGACUUGAGCACAAACCAGUCUGACAGUAACUACAUGUCAACAUCACAACCAGGGGGGAGAAACAUUUAUAUUCUGUGUCAUUCAUUUAGAAAGUUUGUCCACAGCUCCAUAAGGAGGCGGGGUUUAGGACCUAUACUGCAGCCCGUCACCAGAGGGCGCUGUUCUCACAGAGAGGAGGCAGACUCUGUCCAUCUUAUAUACAGUCUAUGAUUGGCUCUGAUUGUAAUCAUGAUUCUGGUCUUGGUCCUGAUCUUGGUUCUGGUUUCUCCAUGUAGUGAAAUAAAUAAUUAGGGAAGAAUUUGUAUUUUCUCAAGGCUGCAUCUGAUUGGCUGGCUUCUAUCAGCAUCACAACACUGUCGCCAGGCGACAGACGCUGCAGCAGAGACCCAACAGGAAGUACAAGUCUGAUACUUCCUGGAAACUCCAGGUGAGAUACCUCAGUUAGACCUCUGUGUGUGUGUGUGUGUGUGUGUGUGUGUGUGUGUGUGUGUGUGUGUGUGUGUGUGUGUGUGUGUGUGUGUAGUCACAGCUGUUGUUCAGUCAUUUGUAUUUGUUUUUUUUGUUUGUUUGUUUGUUUAUUUUUUGUUUGUUUGUUUAUUUGUUAAUUUUUUGUUUAUUUAUUUGUUUAUUUGUUUGUUUAUUUGUUUGUUUGUUUGUUUAUUUAUUUUUUGUUUAUUUGUUUGUUUGUUUGUUUGUUUGUUUGUAUAUUUGUUUGUUUGUUUAUUUGUAUAUUUGUUUGUUUUUUAUUUGUAUAUUUGUUUGUUUGUUUGUUUGUUUGUUUUUUGUUUGUUUGUUUGUUUAUUUGUUUGUUUGUAUAUUUGUUUGUUUAUUUGUUUAUUUGUUUGUUUGUAUAUUUGUUUGUUUGUUUAUUUGUUUAUUUUUUGUUUGUUUGUUUGUUUAUUUUUUGUUUGUUUGUUUGUUUAUUUGUUUAUUUGUAUAUUUGUUUGUUUCUUUGUUUAUUUUUUGUUUAUUUUUUGUUUGUUUGUUUGUUUGUUUAUUUGUUUAUUUGUUUGUUUGUUUGUUUGUUUGUUUAUUCGUUUGUUUAUUUUUUGUUUGUUUGUUUGUUUGUUUAUUUUUUGUUUGUUUGUUUAUUUGUUUAUUUUUUGUUUUUUGUUUGUUUGUUUGUUUAUUUGUUUAUUUUUUUGUUUGUUUGUUUAUUUGUUUAUUCGUUUGUUUAUUUUUUGUUUGUUUGUUUGUUUGUUUAUUUUUUGUUUGUUUAUUUGUUUAUUUGUUCGUUUAUUUGUUUAUUUUUUGUUUGUUUGUUUAUUUGUUUAUUUGUUUGUUUAUUUGUUUAUUUUUUGUUUGUGUAUUUGUUUGUUUGUUUGUUUGUUUGUUCACAGGGGGGGCGUUCUGGACUCGGUGGUGUGUCUGAAUUCUGGUGGUCUUUAUUUUAUCGACAUUGUGUUUAACAAACACUCGGGACCUGAUGACUCAUCCUCACAUAUCUUGAUUGACUCGGUAAGGAUGCCUUUUUUUAGAUUGACAGGUCAUUAGGCUCCUCCCCCGAACAGCACAGUCCAAUCAGAGCUUAGCCUGCUUGUUGAUUCUGACAGAAAACAUUUAAUAAGAGAAACUAAAGAGUCAGAUCUUUUUCAGUAACCUCUUCUACAUUCACAUUUCCCUCAGAUGGGUUUGAUACCCAGUAUCGAGUCCGUCCAGGAUUUCUGCUCCCAGAACGACCUUGACACUUUCCGACGCUUUCGUUGCAUCGGAUUGGCCGCUGAGCUCAGUCAGGAACCAGUUCCAGAAAUCUGUGAGGGUCUCAUUAAGAGUAUGUCGGCACGAAUCCACAAAGGAGCCAUUCGUAAGUUUUCAACAAUGACUCAUGAGUUUUAGUAUAAAUAUUAUAAAUAUAAUAAUAUAAUCUAAUAAAUAUAAAUUAAUAUAAUAUAAAUAUAAAUAAAUAAUCAUCUGUUUGAUUUCGUAAAACCAGGCUUGACUCGGGACACUGUGUGAAAUCAGGAACAGAUGCUAUAAUAGAUCUAACCUCUGUCUGUACAGGAGACAUAUUCAUAAAGUGAUAUAUCCCAGUGAACACACACACACACACACACACACACACACACACACACACACACAGUACAGGGUAUUUUAUGGAGAAGGGAAACAGCAGAAGGGGACAAAGCUUGAUCCCAGACCCUGGAUCUGGAUCUGCGACUGGCUUGGAGCUGUGAGAAGGACAACUGCGCUGAAUCGAUCGCUGUUUCGCUUAUUUGACACAAUCCUCGGUCAGUAGAUCAUCCAGACCAGGACUUUUUCAGGGAAGACCUUCAGAUGAUCCAGAACCACAUUCUGACAACAGCAUGGCUCUGUAGGAGAAGAGUCCUGCUGAGGAACUGGACUGAUGUGGUCCUGACUUGGAAACAUUUGGACCAUCCUGACCCCCAAAACAGCUGAAAUCCUCGAUCAGGGACAUGAGUAGACUGUCAGACUCCAAAACCUGGUCUGCUGGGUUCACUAAGGUCUACAGAACCUGGUCUGCUGGGUUCACUAAGGUCUACAGAACCUGGUCAGCUGGGUCCACUAAGGUCUAUAGGAAGAGCGUCUAGAUGUUUUUUAUUUGUAAAGAUUAAAAAUGUUGUUUUGAUUUUGUUCUUGGAGUUUUAUUUGAAAGUGAACUUUACUAAAAUGUUCUUGGUUUUGAUGAAUCCAUUAAAUCACUGACAGCAGGUCUUCAAACAGCUGUUACUGAGUAGUAUUAUUAUAUUUAAUAAUUAUUAUUAUUAUUAGUGUUUAUGGGUGAAUCAGCAUCAACACACCUGAUGUUGUUGACAGACUUUUAAAAAAUCCAACAUUCGUAAUUUUCACUUUUACUUCAUAAAACUUUCAUUUUAACGUCGACUUUCUUUGUUGUUUUUCCAUUUUUUCCGAUUCCAGCGUGCAGGUGUAACGUCGAUGGCUCUCUCAGGCCGUCCUGCAGUAAACUGGGAGGUUACUGUGAAUGUAAACCCAACGUGAUUGGCCGUUGCUGUGAUACUUGUUCACCACUGACAUUUGGCUUUGGACCUGAUGGCUGCAAAGGUAAGAAACACAAAAGAACCUUCAAAAGAACUCCUCUGGUUCUUCUGUGCUGAUGCUGAUCAGUUGGAGGUGGUCUCCUCUCUGCUCUUUGUUCUCAGCCUGUGAGUGUGACCCUCAGGGUUCACUGUCCGAGAUGUGCGAUCAGGUCAGAGGUCAGUGUGCGUGUCGGUCACAGGUCGCAGGCCGUCGCUGUGAUCGCUGUCAGGCCGGGUUCUGGGGUUUUCCGUCCUGCCGAGUCUGCGAGUGUCACGGACACGCUGACGAGUGCGACCAGGAGACGGGAGAGUGUUUGAGGUGCAGAGAUCACACCACAGGCCCUCAGUGUGACGGGUGAGAUUCUCAUUAAAUAUGAGAAAUUCAAAGGUUGUUAAACGAUCAAUCCAUGACGGCUUUGAUCGUUUAUUAACUUUACAGACCGUUGAUCUGACGAUGGUUCAGAAAACUUUAAUCUGUAGACAUGAUGGUGUCAUGGUACAGGUGUGUGGAGGGUUACCAUGGUAACCCAGUCUCCCAGGAGCCCUGCAGGCCGUGCUUGUGUCCGGACAUUCAGGGCAGUGGACGGUUCUUUGCAACUUCCUGCCUACAGGACCCAGAAUCCACCGGUCCAUCCUGUACCUGCAGGAAAGGUCACACAGGUGAGAUCUCCGCCUCACACCUGCAUACCUGUCCUCAGGUGUGUUCCUGGGUUCUUCUCAAGGUCGUAUCAUGCUGGUGAGACUCUUUUUAUGAACAUGACACUCCUGAACGUACAAAACUCUAAAUAUUCACAGGUGCACGCUGCGACAGGUGCAGCCCUGGUUUCUAUGGCAACCUGGCCUUACCUGGGUCCAGCUGUGAGGAGUGUCUUUGUAACAACCACAUCAACGUUGACGACCACAACGCCUGCGAUAGUUUGACCGGAGAAUGCCUGCGCUGUCUCCACAACACUAUGGGACCACAGUGUGACACCUGCAAACCUGGUUACUAUGGCAACGCCUUGGAGCAGGGCUGCAAAGGUAAAGAUCAACAUGUAAACUCAUUUAGUGACUAAUGACCUUGAGUUGACCUUCAUAACUGACUGAUGAUCAUUCAAAUCCAGCAACUUUACCCAUGAUGCCAAAGAGGAGCAGGUGAUCACCAUGACAACCGUGUGAAAUACUGUAACCCUCUAAAUGACCCUCUGACUUCAGCAGAUAUAAAACCACAUUAACCUUCAAUGAAGACCCCCAACCAAAGACCCCCCAUACUGUAGACCCCCAACCAAAGACCCUCCACCUUAGUCCCGAUUACUUUGACCUUUCAUAAUUCCUCUGAUGAUAUGAAGAAAUAACCACCUUGAGCUUCAGCAGGAAACACCUGAGACCCCUGUCUCCCUAGUCUCCUCUGAGGUUCUGGUUCUGGUUCUGGUUCAGGAUGGUUUCGUUUUAAAGUUUUUACCUUUAACCUCAGAGUGCUCCUGUGACCGGAGGGGAACUGAGAUUGUCCUCUGCCCCCUGGAGAGUCCUUGUGUCUGUGACCCAAGGACAGGUCAGUGUCCCUGCAGGACGGGGGCGGCUGGAGUCCUUUGUGACUCCUGUGGGGACGGGUACUGGAACCUGGAUGGACUGUCAGGAUGUCAACCCUGCAACUGUGACCCUGUGAACUCAGAGUCCAACACCUGUGACAAGGUCAGACACGUGGAUGUGACAUUGAUCAUGUGACUUUGGUUCAGUCUCACCUGUGUUGGUUUUGUCGGUUCAGGUCAGCGGUCAGUGUCCGUGCCGGACUGAGUUUGGGGGCCGUCAGUGUGACGAAUGUGGAGAGAAUCACUUUGGGAAUCGGGACCUUCAGUGUAUCUGUGAGUGUUCACACCUGUCAGAUUCAGGCUGAUUGUGACACACCUGUCCUCUAAACACUCACCUGUCUUCUCUCAGCCUGUGACUGUAACAUGGAGGGAACCCAGCGUCCAUCAUGUGACCCUGAAACUGGCGAGUGUAUUUGUCGGGUCGGGGUGACGGGGAUCCUUUGUGAUCAGUGCGCCCCCGGAUUUGACUUAGAGUUCCCCGCCUGCGAGCCGUGUCACGCUUGCACCGCCCUUUGGACUAACGACGUCACUGACGUUCAACGAGCCGCAGAACAGAUGAGGACCUUCAUCCCUCGCCGUGGUGACCAGUUUCAGCCUGGUGUCAGUCGCCAAGGGCAACAAAUGUUUGACAUGCACACGAGGCUGAACGGCCUCUCCAACCUGACGGCGAUGUCACCCCCAAAGGUGGAGAAGAUGGAGAAACUGUGCGCCAUGAUCGGGUACGAGCCGCUACCUUUAGGUUACCCAAGCUAAUGCUAGUUUCAGGCUUACAACCUUUGACCCUCGACCACAGACCCUCAACCUAAGACCCUUAACCUUUGACCUUCCACUGAACUCCCUUUACCUAAAACCGUCCAUCAAAGACCCUCAACCCUGAGAACCCUCAGUCUGAUGGUCUCACAGCCCCUCCCCCCCAGACCCCCGAUCCAUGACUCCCCACUGACGUGUUUCUGGCUCUCUGACCUUUCAUGGAGGUCAGGGGUCAUCUGAAUUUAUUUAAUUCUCCCUUUAGUGAGUCGAGUCUUUGACCACCUCUCAAUUCUGUAAAUCUGAUUUUAAUCCUUUUUUACAGGAAGCUGAAAGACGUUAUUGAUCCAAACAUGAUCCUGAUCGAUCAGUCUCCUCUCCUUAACUCUGAGAUGGAAAACCUCCAACAAGAGUUCAAGAAGCUUCUGAACAACCUGAAGGAGAAAUUAGACAAUGAACCCGACACCAGAGACGAAAACACAGACGGUAAAAAGAUCAUCUGUUUCUAAAUUAAAGUUAAAACAGACUGAAUCAGUUUCAGACAAAUUAUCAUUAAACGUAUUUUAACGUAUAAUUGAUCGAUUACGAUCUGGUCUUUGACGGACUCCUGUGGUCGAUAUUUUACCUUCUGUUCCUGUUUCAGGGAUUCUGGACGAGAUCCAGAAGCUUCAUAAGUCUUUUAUGUCGGAUGAAAAAAGGGUCCGAAACGCCAACGAGGCCGUGGAGGACUCCAUGGACAUCAGACAGGACGCGAAACACAAACUGAGCAUGUGCAGUGGAAGAGGAGACCUGGGACCUCUGGAGAAAAAGGUCAAAGAGCUCGAUGUGGUCGACUUCAACCGAAAGGUGAGUGUCAUCCAAAAACAUCGAAAAACCCUGAACCAGCCAAUCAGAGGCCGGGCCGAACGCGUGAACAGGUGUGAGUCAUAACGAACUCAGUCUGUUUCAGGUCUGCGGUGAACCGGGUCUGCUGGACUGUUCUGGAUGUGGGGGGGCUCUGUGUAGUCUGAGUCCAGGUACGAGAAACUGUGGAGGACCAGGCUGUGACGGGGUCCUACCUAAGAGCCGGAGAGCAACUGAGCAUGCCCAGAACUCCCGGAAGGAGCUCGCCAACUUCCCGCUGAGACUGCAGGAGUCCAUGGAUAAGGCAGGCACACAACACUGGGAACACUGGGAACACUGGGAACACUGGGAAUACUGGGAACACUGGGAACACUGGGAACACUGGGAAUACUGGGAAUACUGGGAACACUGGGUAGUACUGGGUAAUACUGGGAAUACUGGGAAUACUGGGUAGUACUGGGCAGUACUGGGUAGUACCAGGAACAUGGAACACUGUAAACUGUGGAAACACUCAGGUAAACUGGGAGCACUGGGAGAGUAAUGGUGUUUAAAUCAGGGAGCAGCCAGGAACCAUUUCUUACUUCAAAUUCAGGAUCAUCAACAAGAGGACCCGGGUUAGGGUUAGCCUGGAGGAGAUUUAGUUCUGGUUCAGACCAGACCUGCUGUGAUAAGAUCCUGAACUUUAGAGAUCCAGACCCUUCAUUUAAUCGGACCUUCUGGUUUUAGAUCAAUGAUGCUAAAAAAGCAGCAAAGGACUCCAAAGACCGGGCCAAAGACCUUCAGGACCGGAUCAACGACGACAUGGACUCCUUCGAGAGAGAGAAACAGAAAACCAAAACCCUGAUCCAGAAAGUCAAAGACUACUUGAUGGGUACGUGUUUUUUUUUUUUAAUCUGGUCUAAAUUAUCCGUCUUUGUGUCAGCGCCCCCCAGUGGUCUGUCUUUGCAUAACAACCUCUGCCACUGCAGCAGGUUCUUCUGUGUGACCUCGACACAAACCGAGUUUUUUGGAUGAUGUUUCAAAGUUCUUGUUGUUCCACUGAAACAGAACCGUUCGUCACUGUUGUUCCCACACAGACGAGAUGGUUCCUCCAGAGGACAUUGAAAAAUUAGCUCGAGCUGUCCUGGACAUCCAGCUGCCAAAAUCACCUGAUCAGAUCCAGUCCAUGAUUAACAUGAUCAAUAAACUGCUGACCAACGCCACCAACUUCCAGGACGACCUGAAGAACCUGGAGGAGCAAGCAAAGACUGCCCAGGACCUUCUCCAGGAAGCCCGAGAUCUCAGGUCAGUGAAAAGGUUCUCACGGACCUGCAGAGGCUGAAACACGGGGGGGUCCAGAGAAAACCAGUUCAUCUCAACAAGAAGAAAACGGAUCUCCAGUUCGUUUGGAUAAAAUCAGACAAACAGGAAACAAAGAAGUUUCAUUUUAGAUUAUUGUCUUUAUAGAGAACGGGCGAAAAACAUCGAUGUGACAGAGAUCAGCAAAGACAUUUACGACGCGGAGAGAGCUCAAGACAAAGCGAACAACAACCUGGAGACGGCCAGUGAAGACAGCGAGACCACCAAAGACUUCGUCCAGAACGUACAAAUACGACAAACACCUCAAACAUCGGAAACGACCUGACUGCUCUGUAAAACGUCGCUGCUUUACUGUUUCAGAUUAAAGACAAACUGGACGACAUCGAGUCGAAGUUGAUGAAUCGCCGACCUGAAGAUCUGAAAGAGGAGAUCGAAGAACUGAAGAACAAGACGGAACAGAACAAGAACCGGACCGAGGAGGUCCGAGAGGCAGCAGAACGAGCUUUAAACAGAACAGCUGACACACAGCCGGUGAGGCUACACACACACACACAUGAACACACAUACACACACACAUGAACACACAUGAACACACAUGAACACACACACAUGAACACACACACACACACAUGAACACACAUGAACACACACACACGAACACACACACACACACAAACAUAUACUAACACACACACACACACACACAUGAACACACACACACGAACACACACACACACACACACAUGAACACAUACACACACACAGCCGGUGAGACUACACACACACACACACACACAUGAACACACACACAUGAACACACACACGAACACACACACACACACACACACACAUAAACACAUACGAACACAUACACACACACACACACACACACACACAUGAACACACACACACACACACACACAUAAACACAUACGAACACACACACACACACACACACACACAUUAACACACACAUACACACACACACACACACACACACACGAACACACACACACACACACACACACACACACACACAUACACACACACACACACAUAAACACAUACACACACACACACACAUUAACACACACAUACACACACACACACACACCCCAGCCAAUCAAAUCUUUGAAUGGAAAAUAUUUCAGCCAAUCAGAAUUGACCGACUGUGUCUCGGACAGGAAAUGGACGACGUCCUGAAACUGUUUGAACUUUUAAAAGAGAAAAACUCGAGCGCUGAAGGUCAGAGCGAGACGGGAGAACGACUGAAGAAGAUCCUGGACGAGGCGGACGCCAUGAAGAAGCAAACGGAGGACAAACUUUCACAAAUACAAGGUACUUCUACUACAUCAAAUACACAGACUACUACAAACACUGUCGUGUUAGUACUGCUAGAACUACGCCGUCAUGAACAUGAAGAGUUUACAGCUGCAGCCUGGGGCCUCUCAUGCUCGGCGGGUGUUCAGUGGCCACACCCCCAAUAUUCGCCGUUUUCAUUCCCGUCUGUAUUUGUGUUUGUUGGAAAUCCACAUUUAAACACAGGAACCGUCAAAAGAGCGACUCGUGGACAAAGAUUAAAAUGAUUGAGUUAUUAUUGAUUCCUCAUCAUUCUGGACUUUUUAUAUAUGUAAAGAUUUUACGUUAUGACUCUUCGGCAUCAGUGAUUAAAUGAUCGACCGAGAUCAUCAAACAUGACAAAGUAUAAACUAUAAUUACUGCAUUAAAAGUUCGUUUCAAACAGACAGCAGGUGAAGCUCAAAGACACUGACCUUAAAAAAAUUUAGUGAUAAAAGUCUUUACGUACUUUCUCAAAUAAAGAGAAGACGUUCAUAUUUCAAUAGAGCGCUAUAAACUUCAACGUCUGCAACGAAAACUGAAGAGGAAGGACCGAGGUGCAGAGCUCAAAAUUUCAAUUAAAGCAAAGACUAAACUUAAAAAAACAGACAAACAAAAAAAACCUGUUGAAGAAAAUGUCUGACAGAAAAAUCCAAAAACACCAGGAGCAGAAAUCCGAUGAAUCAAAACGGCAUCAGGAACGUACGAGAAAAACUCAGGAUAGAGAAGAACGGACAGAAUCGACACAAGGACGCGCCGAGACGAUAAACAAAAGGAGAGGCAGGAACUUUAUACACAAACAAACCAAAACAACAACAGAUUAGACUGAUGAGCGAUCAACAAAAGAGGAAAAACGUAAAAAAAUAAGAUUAAAUAAACAAGAACUGACUACGAAAAAUAAAUCAGAAAACACUGAAAAACUAGACUAAGACGACAAACAGCGAAAAACAAGAACAACAGAAACACGAGAAGAAUAAGAAACAGGAAAAACAGAAAAAUGAGAAACAGGAAAAUCAGAAAAAUGAGAAACAGAAACAGCAGGAACAAAAGGAGAACGAGAAACGACUAAAAAAGGGGUGAGAAAAAGAAGUAUGAGGUCAUGAGCUGAGAGUCUGAGAAAUGAGAGUCUGAGAAAUGAGAGUAGUACUGCAGUAGUACAGAUCAUUUUUUGUGUACUCACAGUUUUUGUUUUGCUUCAGAUCUGGAGAAGAAAAUCCAUCAGCUGAUCAAAAAUAAGGAGGAAAAAGCCGAAGAAGUGUCGAAGCUUUUAGAGACGGCGGAAGAGCUGCGAAAAGAAAUCUCCAAACGAUCAGAGGAGUACGCAGCCUGUACUGCAUAA